UUCCGGAAGCUUCAUUUAGGAAGUAUAGUACACCUUCACGACUGCUUGCCUUAGUUGUAUUUUAUUUUUGGAGAAUGAAUGAUCGAGAGCUUGACCUUACUGAGACCCAAAAGGCCAUAAAGGCCAAAUAUCCAGCUAUCAACAAGAAAUAUGAAUAUCUGGACCACACUGCAGAUGUCCAGCUGCAUUCUUGGGGGGACUCAUUGGAGGAGGCGUUUGAGCAGUGUGCCAUGGCCAUGUUUGGCUAUAUGACCGAUACGGAGACGGUAGAACCCAUCGAUACUAUAGAAGUUGAAUCAGAAGGUCAAGAUCUGGAAUCUCUUCUUUUUCAUUUCCUGGAUGACUGGCUUUUCAAGUUCAGUGCUGAUGUGUUUUUCAUUCCUCGGGAAGUGAAAGUGUUGCACUUAGAUCGGAUGCGCUUCAGAAUUCGCUCAGUAGGUUGGGGGGAGGAGUUCAACCUGGCAAAACAUCCACAAGGCACAGAAGUGAAAGCUAUUACCUACUCGGCUAUGCAGAUAUGGGACAAAGAAAAACCAGAGAUUUUCGUCAUCAUCGACAUCUGAUAAAGAAGCCCUCUCUCUCGUUAGCUUAUGAAACUCACGUUACACAAGCAUUUUAAUAAUUUAAACAUGCUUUAGACUGUAAUUUAUGUUUUGACUGGUGAAGGCACCAAAGCACUGAAGAAAUGCUCUAGUGAUUUUAUUAAAGGCGUAGUUUCCUUACAACUUGUGUUUUGCAGUGUUUACAGCUAUAUAAAAUCAGAAAGAAACAAACCUCACAGUUUAUCCACUUUUUUAAAUCUUCAGAGUAUCCAUUAAAAAAAACACCAACCAACAAGUGAAAAAUGUGUCCUAACUAAUGUUUGCAACAGCUAUCAUUUAUAGUGCCUACUGUAUAAAACAGACUUUUUACUGACUGCUGAAAGUGUACAGCUUUUUUUGUUUUACAAUUUUCCAUCAAUAUCCUGAGAACAGGAGUAUUUUUUGUACUAAACCAUUGGAUUUCUCUUUUUGAUCUUCUUCAUGAUGCCUUCUAUGAAGUAUAUCGUGAUGUCAGGAACAGCAGAAAUGUGUGUUUAAAAAAAAAAAAGUAUCCUCUUGCAACAAAACUUUAAAAACUAGUAAACUGUGCCUGAUGUUUACCAUGGAUUUAUUUUUGUGUCCAUGUUUAUCAGAUUAAAUCAUGAAACGCUAGCCCCAGAAACUAUGGAUUCACAUGAAGAUGCCAACCUGAUAUUGUUGAACAAACAACGCUGUCCACUAUGAAGAACACUAUGACUACAUUGAAUAUUUAUUGUUCAAAGAUGAUUUAAUAAAUGGAUAAGAAAUAUCAA